GCUGGUACAGGAAGGUUGGCAAACUGGAAAACCUAGUAUUGCACAGGAGAGAGCUGUAGUUCUCACGGCUGAGCGAAUUGAUACUUCCUCUGCCUCCUGUUUCUCUGUAGCUAGUGCAGCCACCUUUUUUUUGUUCUUCCAAGGAAUUCCCCGUGUUUAUCAUCAGUGUUUUGAGACCACUCCUGUGAAAACUAUCCCGACUCUCCCUGUUACCGUCUCCAGCCUCGUAUCAGAACUCUGACUGACCUGAAAGCAGAAGGAAAUGAAUUGCCUCUGCGCUCGCUUUAGAGGCAGAGGUCCUCGCACAGAGACAGAAGAAAUGAAAAGGCAAAACUCUGCUCAGGAGCAUGAGAUUAUUGAAUUACCAGAAGAUAAUGUGGAGGAAAGUGAGGCUGAUCACAACAAGCCUCUAAAUACUCAAACGAGAAAGGAGAGAGACCACUGGAAGUCAUGCAGGAAUGAAGUUUUCUGGAAGUGUAAACUGUGGAUGGUUAUAACUUCAAUAUUUCUAGUAAUCUUCUUCGUCAUUCUCAUCAGCCUAAUUCUUUAUUCUAAUGUUUACACAGAUGAGGAUGACUAUUGGGAUCCUGAUGCACUACUAAACAGUGGAAGUUACCACAAUUUUUCAGGAACAUUGGAGUUAAUGUGUGGUCUCCCACACGUUUUCUCUGAGGACAUUACAAAGAGGCUAACAGAGGUCUAUAGUUCAUCUCCAGCUUUAGGACGCUACUUUAGGUCAGCUCAAGUGAUUUCUUUCAGUAAUGAAAGCUCCACUGUAAUUUAUCAGCUAGUGUUUUCUGUGCCACCAUCAACAGAAGGAUUUAUGGAACACCUUAUGAACCCAGAUUUUAUACGGAACAUUUUACGUCAAAAUAUUUAUGAUGAAGACGAUACUUUUAAUCCUGAGACAUCCGAAUGUGAUGGGUUAAAGCUUGACCGAACUUCUCUCACGUAGAAAUUAUGGAAAAGUUCCUCAUCUUCAUCACCACCUGCAAGAGAUGUGAUCUCCUAUCUGUUAGUUAUCCCAGGGCAGGGAGCUAUUCAUUAGGUAGAAACACUUCUGUAAAUGCUGCCUGUGAUGCAAUAUUGUAAACAGAAUAUGUGGCAUCUUUAUAAGUGUUGCACUCCUAUAACACCACUACCUCCUUCUUUAUUGUCCUGAUAUCUCAAUAAUCCAGUUUGCCCUUGUGGAAAUCACGUAUCUUCUCUGAUGCAUGCUCUGUUGACUUUGAAAGCUCUGCUUUGGCUUGCCUUAUGAUUAAAUCUGAAUGCCCUGUGCAAGCUUUAAAAGUGGUCUUGCACACGGCUUUCUUUUUCUCUUGGUUUAUCCAAAAUUAUCUGCACAACUUCACCCUUAAUGCUCACUUCCAGUCAUGUUGUUACUUUUUCCCCUCCUAACUUCAUAUGCCAUAUUUUCCCAUUGCUCUUUCUUUGUAAAACAGCCUGAAAACUUUUAUAUAUAUAUAUGUAUACACACACAUAUAUAUAUGUAUUCUUUAAUUACAUGUGAGACCUUUGCACUAGAUUCUCAAGGAAGCUUUAACUCUCCUUAUUCAUCCUAGAGUCUUCCUGGAUAAGGUGGUAUCUGCUCUAUUUUUCUCUUCUUCAAUGUGAAAUAGAAAAGAAGGAAGAAACAUCAUGAAGAAACAUGUCUUGUUCACUAAUGCAUCUGAAUGCCACAGGAAUCUUUCAAGGGUAAAAUUAGCUGUGUGCUUUAAUAAUUAGCUACUGCUACUAGUGAAUAGACAGAUAUUUGACCCAUAGUUGUAAAGCUGAAG